AUGGACUCAGGCUCCAUGACUUUCCCCGGCUUCCCUGGGAUCUGCAGAGAAACGUCCUAUAGAACCUAUUGUUACAUCCCAGUGACCUCCUCGGCUGCAAUUUGCUCCAGUGAUGUAAGUUCUACUUUGAGGCUGUGUUUACCCAGUAGCUACCAAGGAAACCUUUGGCUUCUGGAUAACUGCCAAGAAUCCUAUGGUGAAGUGCCAAGCUGCAACUCUCCCAGCUGUGAGCUCAAGAACUGCAACACGAGCUCUGUCCCAUCAAACCUGCAUGUGCUCUGCAACUCUCCAAUUGUAGGAAAAGAGAGCAGCGUCUGCGAAACUACCCUCAUUGGACCGAGUCCCGGCUGUAGCCCACGCACUCAGGGCAAGGGGUAUGUAUCUCAUUGCUCCCCACCCAGCGGAUAUACAUCUAAAGCCUGUCAGACCCCCAACUAUGGCUCCAAAUGCUUUGGGCAACUUAAUUACCUGCCCAAGAACCAACCCUUAAAGCCCAGCAGAGUGGGUAGUUUGGGGUACAGAAACUACCUAAAUCUCGGCAUAAUACGACGCAGUAGCUUCUCACCACCAUGUUCUGUUACCUACAGCUGCCAGCCACCAAGUUAUCCAGGGAGAUAUUGCAAAAGUGGGUCAACUUAUAGGCCCAUGAGUUGUCAACCACUGAGUUUUCUUUCUAGAAGAUUCCGGUCUCUGAAUUGCAUACCAAGUACCUUCCCUCCUCUGAGGUAUUUAUGCAGUGGCUGCAGACCUCUGAGUUGUUAUUGA